AUGGGGUUUCUACUCUCUGGCAAUCUUCAUGGUGGCUCAGUGGUUGCAAGCUAUCCCUAUGAUGACUCUCCCACACACAAGCCCACAGGAGUCUACAGUAAAUCAGCAGAUGAUGAAGUGUUCAGAUACUUGGCGAAAGCUUAUGCGUCAAAUCACCCCAUAAUGAGAACUGGCACCCCAAAUUGCCCUGGUGAGGAGGGAGAGACUUUCCAAGAUGGCAUCACAAAUGGUGCCCAGUGGUACGAUGUAGAAGGUGGGAUGCAGGAUUACAACUACGUGUGGGCCGACUGCUUUGAGAUCACCUUGGAGCUGUCCUGCUGCAAAUACCCGCCAACCUCCCAGCUUCAACAAGAGUGGGAGAACAACCAGGACUCUCUCCUCGCCUUCAUUGAGAAGGUCCACAUUGGUGUGAAAGGCUUUGUCAGGGAUGUAGUCACCGGAUCUGGCUUGGAGAACGCGACUAUCGUUGUUGCUGGUAUUGCUCAUAACAUCACAGCAGGCAAAUAUGGCGACUAUCACCGACUGCUGGUGCCCGGGACCUACAAUGUGACUGCCGUUGUAAUGGGUUACGCACCAGUGACCAUGGAGAACAUUGAGGUGAAGGAGGGAGAUGCAACAAAAGUGGAUUUCUCCUUGCAACCAACUGUAAUGGCACCAGCUCCUAAUCUCACACAGUUCACAGCAACACCUGCUCCUGUCUCUACCAUCACCUCUGCUAAUGUGCAGGCAGAGUCCCCAAACCCAACCUCUCUCCAUCAGCCAGUCCAGCCUGUGGACUUCCGCCACCAUCACUUCCCAGACAUGGAGAUCUUUCUACGGCGAUAUGCUAACGAGUACCCCAACGUAACCCGCCUCUACUCUGUGGGCAAGUCAGUGGAGCUUCGGGAGCUCUAUGUAAUGGAGAUAUCGGACAACCCUGGCAUCCAUGAAGCAGGUGAGCCAGAGUUCAAGUACAUCGGUAACAUGCAUGGGAAUGAAGUUGUGGGGCGAGAGCUGCUCCUGAACCUCAUUGAGUACCUCUGCAAGAACUUUGGCACAGAUCCUGAAGUGACUGACUUGGUCCGGAGCACACGCAUCCACAUCAUGCCAUCUAUGAAUCCUGAUGGCUAUGAGAAAUCCCAGGAAGGAGACAGAGGAGGCACCAUUGGCAGAAACAACAGCAACAACUAUGACCUGAACCGGAACUUUCCAGAUCAGUUCUUCCAGGUGACAGACCCUCCUCAGCCAGAAACUCUUGCUGUCAUGAGUUGGUUAAAGACUUACCCGUUUGUACUGUCAGCAAACCUGCAUGGAGGUUCUCUGGUGGUUAAUUACCCCUUUGAUGAUGAUGAGCAAGGAAUAGCCAUAUACAGUAAAUCCCCAGAUGAUGCUGUGUUUCAGCAGCUGGCACUGUCCUACUCCAAGGAAAAUACGCAGAUGUAUCAGGGAAGCCCUUGUAAGGACAUGUACCCCACUGAGUACUUCCCACAUGGCAUCACUAAUGGGGCUCAGUGGUACAACGUUCCAGGUGGGAUGCAAGACUGGAAUUACUUAAAUACGAACUGCUUUGAAGUGACCAUUGAGUUGGGCUGUGUGAAAUAUCCAAAAGCAGAGGAGCUGCCGAAGUACUGGGAGCAGAACCGCAGGUCUCUUCUCCAGUUCAUGAAACAGGUUCACCGCGGUAUCUGGGGAUUUGUGCUGGACGCCACGGAUGGAAGGGGCAUUCUCAACGCCACCAUCAGCGUUGCUGACAUCAACCACCCGGUCACCACCUAUAAGGAUGGAGACUAUUGGCGCCUCUUGGUCCAGGGGACGUAUAAAAUCACAGCAUCUGCUCGAGGGUACGAUCCAGUCACUAAGAUGGUGGAGGUUGACAGCAAAGGUGGCGUGCAGGUCAACUUCACUCUUUCACGGACAGACUCCAAAGUGGAGCAGGGGAAGGUGCCAGUCCUGAACACCCCAGACACCAGCGACCCCCACGAGAAGGAGUUUGAGACCCUGAUCAAAGAUCUCUCUGCUGAGAAUGGCCUGGAGCACCUCCUGCUUUCCUCGUCAGGGGACGUCUCUCCUUAUCGAUACCGCCCUUACAAGGACCUCUCCGAGUUCCUCCGAGGCCUCAAUCUGAACUACCCUCACAUCACAAAUCUCACGAGUUUGGGUCAGAGUGUUGAGUUCCGUCAGCUCUGGUCCCUCGAAAUCUCCAACAAGCCCAACCAGUCUGAGCCCGAGGAACCAAAGAUCCGCUUUGUUGCUGGUAUUCACGGAAAUGCUCCUGUUGGUACAGAGUUGCUCCUGGCACUGGCAGAAUUUCUCUGCAUGAACUACAAGAAGAAUGCUGCUGUUACAAAGCUAAUUGACCGAACACGGAUUGUGAUUGUGCCUUCCCUGAAUCCAGAUGGACGUGAGAUAGCACAGGAAAGAGACUGCACAUCAAAGAUAGGCCAGACCAACGCUCAUGGCAGAGAUCUGGACACAGACUUCAUAAGCAAUUACUCUCGAUACUCAGGGACACGGGAGCCUGAGACCAAAGCCAUCAUAGAGAACUUGAUAUCGAAGCAGGAUUUCAGCCUGUCUGUUGCGCUAGAUGGUGGAUCUCUGCUUGUCACUUACCCGUAUGAUAAGCCAGUGCAGACAGUGGAAAACAAAGAAACACUGAAGCAUUUGGCAUCUCUGUAUGCAAACAAUCACCCGUUGAUGCAUUUAGGCCAGCCGGGCUGUCCAAAUAAGUCAGAUGAGAAUAUUCCUGGGGGUGUGAUCCGUGGCGCUGAAUGGCACAGUCACCAGGGAAGUAUGAAGGAUUUCAGUGUUAUGUUUGGUCAUUGCCCUGAGAUCACUGUUUAUACGAGCUGCUGUUAUUUUCCAAGCGCAGGACAGCUCCCCAGCCUGUGGGCAGACCACAGGAAGUCCCUCCUUAGCAUGCUUGUGGAGGUGCAUAAAGGAGUCCAUGGAUUUGUCCAAGACAAGAGUGGCAAGCCAAUUUCUAAAGCCACUAUUGUUUUUAAUGAAGGUUUGAAGGUCUAUACUAAAGAAGGUGGCUAUUUCCAUGUGCUGUUGGCUCCAGGCUUGCACAGCAUCAAUGCUAUGGCCGACGGGUACCAGCAGAAGCAUGUCAAGGUCUUGGUACGCCACGACGCACCUAGCUCUGUGUUCAUUGUGUUUGACACUGAUAACAAGAUAUUUGGCCUGCGAAGGGAGCUGGUUGUAACUGUGGCAGGUGCCAGUAUGUCUGCUCUGGUUCUCACCGCCUGUAUCAUCUGGUGCGUCUGCUCAAUUAAGUCCAACAGACAUAAGGAUGGCUUCCACCGUCUCCGCCAGCACCAUGAUGAUUAUGAGGAUGAAAUCCGCAUGAUGUCCACUGGCUCGAAGAAGUCUCUCCUGAGCCAUGAAUUCCAGGAUGAAACAGACACUGAAGAAGAAACAUUAUAUUCCAGCAAGCACUGACACCUCCCAGACAGAAAAGGAGGUUCCCCAUGGACCAGCCCCAGUGGGAAGGGGGCGAUUCCUGUGGUUCGGUUUUGGAACAUCAGCUUGCAGGACAUGUCCUCCAGAGGUGUGGGUGGCAGCUCCCAACGUCCCUCUAUUUGCCAUGUUCCUACUGACAUGCAAGUCAGGGAGUGUUGGAGGCUAUGUUGAGGCUAAGGACAUGGCUUGUUACACUUUUAGGUCAAGAUCUGGAGGUACAUGUAUCACCGUUUGAAAGGUAACGUAAUAGGAUGGCCAGCAGAGUUCCUAGCACUUCCCCAGCAUCUCAGCGCAGUGAUCAGAUGGUGGGGAAGUGCCCCGAGACCUGCCUAGGGUCACAGCUACACAACUCCAAAGCAGUUUCUCUACCUGUUUUGAAUUCUCUUUUUCACUCUACCUGAGGAAGCCUCAUCCUACAUGGACUCCCAGUUCGGCAGAGCAGCCCUAGGAAGCAGACUGCACUUAGUUCUCAGCUGCUCCCUCAGAGCUUUUUUCCACCUUCAGAUGCAGUGGCCUACUGUGCUCUGCAGUGGGUGCUGAGCACCUCUAAUGUGUUGCUAGUUCUCAUGCUGUGACCCAGCGUCCUGAAAGCUGGGGGAAAUGGCGUCAUUUCUCAUUGUGAGCUGGAGAAAGAAGCAUGUCAGAGCUUCAGUGAACUCUGACAAAGGCCAGGCACUUACCAGCUCUGCAGUGUUGCUGUUCCUUACUUCUGAGGAAGAAAGAAACUCUGUCCCCCUCACUUCGGGUUGGUUCUCGUUUGUGUAGACCUGGCCUUUGUGGUCUCAUGUUAGCGUUAUAACAGCACGGUGUCCAAAAGAGUAACUGGAGAUUGUUCCAAGCAGCUGGAUAGAACUGAUUAUGGUGGAUGCUGUAGAAAGCACCUGCUAAUGACUCCCCCAGAUAUGUUUUGCUCAAGUCUACCACGAUUCAACGAUUCAUGGAGAAACUCACUGACAUCCAGCUACUGCUUAUUGAAUGUUAUUGAAGUAGCUGAGAGGGGUUGUGGAGCCUCCGUGGCCCAAGUAGGUCUUAAAUUUUGAAGAAAAGCUGCACCUUUUGCCCCAUCCACCUAAUACUGUUCAGUGUUCAGGGCACUUUGAAAACACCCUCUGGUCAAGCCCUGGUGGUGGUAGCUCUACUGAAAGAACACAGCAAGAGCUCCACCUGCUUGUGUCUCUGCAGCAUGUCUGCUGCUGCGAGGCCUGGGGGAAGGAAGGGUGUACUGAAGAAGAGGAGGGAAAAGCAGCACUUGGCAGGCAUUUUGAAAGAGAAGCUGCAGCGUGCGUCCCCAGAAUGCAUUACUAACACAUCCAAUGUACGGGGAGUCCAGGAAGCAUUUGAUUUCCAAAACCUUUACCUUUAUGUAUGGAGCUCCUGUGCUUUCUGCCCAGAAAGCACAGCAUUGGAGCACAGGCACUUUUUUUUUCCCCCCCUUGCUGCUCAUUCUCUUUUUUAAUACUUGCCCCACUGACCCAAGCUCCCUCGUGCAAGAGCCUGGUGCACCACAGUUGUGGGCACCCCCUUUGUCUGUUCUCUACCAGCCCAGUGAGGUCCUGCUGGGCUGCAUCUCCUGGAGAAGGAGCCGUUCCUCGGUUCUGCAGGUGGCAGAUGCACCUCCCAGUCGUGCUGAUCGUUCCAUCAGCUGCAUGCCGAUUUUGUGCAGCUCUGUAGAGGGACAGAGACAGCCCUUAGACGCCAGUAUAACCUUUUCCCUGUUCCAUGGAGAAUUAUAGUGAAAGGAGCGCAUGAUGAGAGCUGGUGGGAGCAGUCAGCUGGGAAUGGAGAGAUGAGGCCAAGCAUUCCCUGUGCUCCUACUGUCCCAUGUCGCUGCAGUGCACGAGAGCUGUUCUCACUGCCUUGUGGUUCUGCAAGCCCG